AUGGCACCAAUCAAACUAGCGAUUAUUGGGUCUGGACCAUCUGCUUUCUACGUCGCCUCGCGAUUACUCUCUUUGCUACCAUCCACGAGUCCUCAGGCAUCUCGCCUAAAAAUUCAUAUGUAUGACCGACUGUGGGCACCCCAUGGACUCGUGCGGUACGGGGUAGCUCCAGAUCAUCCAGAGGUCAAGAACUGUACGCACAAAUUUGAUUCUGCUGCUGAAGAUCCACGUUUGCGCUUUUUUGGCAACAUAAACAUUGGCACCCCGUCUGUCAUUCCACACACACUACCUCUGUCGUUGUCUACUUUGAUGUCUCACUACACGCACUUAUUAUUUUCUACGGGAUGCACCGUUCCUAUCUUACAUUCUGCCCUUCCGCCCUCUACAUACUGUGUACCGGCAUUAUCCCUAGUGCAUUGGUAUACACAACACCCUUCAUCUCCGCCGCCGCCUCCGCUCGAACGACUUUCACACAUCACGCUCAUCGGCCAGGGCAACGUCUCGCUCGACAUCGCUCGGAUGCUGCUCACACCUUCAUCAGAGCUCGCGAAAUAUGAUGUCCCCGCUCCUGUCCUCGCGGUCCUCGAGCGUUCCGCCAUCCAGCAUGUCUCUAUCGUUGGGCGGCGAGGUCCUCGCCAGGCGGCAUUUACGACCAAAGAACUUCGGGAGAUGAUGAACCUGUCAGAUGCAUCUCUUGUGCCUCUUGAUCCUGCCUUGUUGAAGGCACCGGCGGACGGUGCGGAGUCGCUCACUCGUCAGCAGUCGCGCGUGCUCCAGCUGCUUCAGAAGGGCUCUAGAAACAAGCCAGGCACCACGCGCAAGACAUGGUCUCUCGAUUUCUUCCGCUCACCAACUGGCCUCAUCCUCCCGGACCCUUCGCUGUCACAGCAAGCUACGUUGACGCUCGCGCACACGACGCUUGAUUCUUCCUCGCGUGCUGUGUCGACGGGCGAGACCUCUACCUUGUCCACGUCCCUCGUCGUCACCUCUCUCGGCCACCGCGCGGACCCGAGCGCAGCCUGGUACGAUCCGGCAUUAGGACAUCUGCGCACAGUGGGCGGGCGCGUGAUCGACGCGGCGGGGCGGACGAUGCGCAACGUGUACGCGAGUGGAUGGGCGGCGACAGGCGCCCGGGGUGUGCUCGCGAGCACGAUGAUGGAUGCGUAUGCAGUGGCCGAUGUCAUCCUGCGCGACGCAUUCCCAGGCGAGGACAUACAGACCGUACCCGUUGUCGGCGUAGAUAGUAUAGAUGAGAAGGCGCUCGCCGAGGACGUUUUGCCGAAAGAAGUAGAUGUCGAUAGUAUUCCGCCUGAGGUCGAGGCAGGGUUGCGUGAUGGUCGAGUCACGGACUACGAGGGCUGGAGAGCCAUCAAUGCCGAGGAGGUUAGGCGGGGGGAGGCGAUGGGUAAAGAGCGAGAGCGUAUGGGGUGGCAGGAGGUUGAAGCGUUCCUUCAAUCCAGAGACAAUUCCCUGACUCUGUCGUAUUGGGAGUAUGCAGCCGGCCUCUUCGACCUCAUCAAGUGA